AUGAUCCCUUCCUGGACCUAUUUGAUAGCGUUCAUGUCUGUUCAAGUCGUUGUUGUUGCUAUUCUUCACAUUACCUUCAUUGGAAUUCUUAUAAAAUGUUAUCCAGAAGACAAAAAGGUUGGAUUUGAAUGAUGUAACGUAACAGUGAAGAAGCUCUUACAGUACGAUUACUAUGCAGCUGUACUAUGGAUGGAACUAAUUACUUUACUUGGCUUCGCAACUUUCACUGAAGUCUGCUCGAUUUUCGUUCUAAAAACGCCUUACGAAGAGAUCAACUUGUUUGAUGCGAUUUGUUUUUUUGUUUCAAUGUUGUGUCCUUAUGUCCUGAUAUUUAUCGACGCUGUUCUAUGCCUUCAUCGAGUCUUCAGUUUUUUCGAAAUCGCAAAAGCCUUCCGCAGGAAUUUUAAAUUGUGAGAUAUUGAUACUCAAUAAAGAGCAGAAGGUGGUAUGAAAAAAACACCAGCGAAAAUCCAAACGGUGACUUUUCCGAUUUUUUCAUUUCGCUAGGGAACUUUCCGACGGUCACAUUUCCGACGGAUCCCUUUCCGACUUUUUUUCUCUUAUGUUUUUUUCAAUUUGCAAAAAAAUCUAUAAAAAUUUUUUUGUUUCUAUUUCUUUGUGUUUUAAUCAUCAACCAACUACCUACUUUAUAUAGAAAGAUUAAAAACGAAGAUUUUAUCGAGAAAAAAAGUCGGAAAAAGAUUCGUCGGAAAGGUAGCCGUCGGAAAGUUCCCUAGCGGUAUGAAAAAUUCGGAAAAGUCGCCGUUUGAAUUUUCGCUGGUCUUUUUUUCAUACCACCGAGCAGAACUAAAUAUUAGACGAUUGCAUAAAUUUGAAUAAAAAAAUUCAAAAAGUCAGGCUUCAAGAAAUCGGGUUUGAAUCAAUUUUAACCGAGAAAAAAAUUUUUACAAUUCAGAUACGAACGAAAAAUUUCUUUCUGAAGAGUUUUUCAUGAGGAUAUUUAUUUCGAUGAAAUAUUUCACUAACAGAAACAUAUAUGCUUCAAUUUCAGGCCCUUGGGCAUCGCAAUACUAUUCUCAAUACCUUUCGCAUCUCUCAUCGUAUCCUACACAACAAUGUCCAUACUUUUUGAUCUGGCUCCUAUAGAUUUUGCAGCUGAAACAGUUGUACUCCUCCAAACUCCCUACGAAGUAAAUUGAUUUUUUGAGUCAUUUCUCGAAAAGUUUUUCGAAAUCUACUUUUCCAAAAUUUUUAUCAAAUCCCCCGACUCACUACGGUCCAAAAGAUGAUUUUUAAAAAAAAAUUCAUUUUUUACGGAAUGUUUGAAGUUGGCGCUCGGUUAACGCAUGAUGCAACGAAUCUCAAAACGUUUUUUCAUUGGGAAAAUUCAGGUCGCCUUAACUAUGAAAAUGAUUCUGACAGUGUCGACGCCAUGUGGCUAUCUUCUUAUAUUGUGGAGUGUGAAUAAGCAAAAGUCGAUAAACUCGGUUUCAAACGCUCAGCGACACAGCGCAAUCAUUCUGCAGGCCUUACCAAUCUCUAUUUACUCGUUCGUGAGUUCAUAAUUAAAUGGAGAGCCAUAAGCAAUUCAAAGCUACAGGUCGUCUCAUUCGACAGAUUUUUCAUGAUCAAAAUUAUUGAUACUGAGUUUUACAACGGAGGAACUCUUCUUUUUGUCAUGCUCAUUCUCUUUUCAGGUGCAAGGGACUCAUCCUGUUUUCUUUACAUAAUGUUAAAUUUCAGGUUACAUCGUCCCUUUAUCAUUUAUUAUUGGAAACACUCAAAAAAGGAAGAUGUUUUUGUCUUUAAUGAAAUUGAAAAACAUCCAAGAAAUCAAAAAAUCGCGAAAAAUGAUGUUUACUGUAACCAAAACAGUUCGUUAGAAGCUCUGUGGUAAUGAAAGAACUGGUUUUUUGAAUAUCGUCUUGAUUUCCAUAGCAGAUGGGAUACCAUUCUCCAUAACUUUUCAUUAACGUAUUGUGAAAAAGAUUUUUUGCAGCUUUUACAGUAACCUUUAAGCACCUGCUUCCAUCCGCAAGUUAUAGUUUGAGCUAUUGAAAAAAAUGCAUUGCAUAUAAAUAUAAUAAUUUUUUUCACCUGUUCCAACCAUUUGGUUCUUAGGCUUCAUGGAUGAAAAAAAUCGUCUAUCGAAAAACAAUCCCGUCUGAAAUACAGUAGCCAAACUUCUACGUAAAUCAUCAACAUUGGUUCAAAUUUUUCUAUGCGAAUUUGAUAUCCAAAAAAAGAAAGUAGUUUUUUUACUUUGUACAUUCUUAUGGUUUUCAUUUAUUAAAUAUUCCGAAGUUUCCACCUGUCACAAUGGUUCAACCCUCUUACUUUCAUCAUUUCUUUCAGUCAAACUUCGAAAACUUGAGAUUAUUUUUGUUCUUCUUAGUAGGAGAAAAAUGAGUGAUCAAUUUUUCUUUGGCUAGCAUAGUCCCUUCUUAUGAACAUUUGUCUGUACUUCUCACAGCUCAAGUCGUCCUCGUUGCUGCACUUCACGUUAUCUUUAUCGGAAUUCUCAUAAAAUGCUAUCGAGAUGAUAAAAAGGUUUAAUCAAGAGAAUUUUCCCAUGUUUUAAUCGCGUAUAAUUUUUCUAUAAGUAGCCUUGGGUGAGAAAGAGUACGGAAAAAAAUGCACUUGCCGAACACUACAAAGUGAAAAAAGGUUUUAUCAGAACAAAAUUAGAAAAAAUUCGAAGGUUGCUUUUCACUGGGUAGCUUUAAAUUGGAGGGAACUGUCCUAGGUACCUUACCAUGAGAAAAACGAAAGAAAACGCGUGUUUACAGUUGAUAACUCGAAGGAAACCAUUUUAACCGUUUUCUGCACAUUUUGCCUUAGGCUUUUUUUUCGGUACCACAUGCUGUGAUAUAACUUUGCGUGUUUCGAGUAUUCUUAACUAAUAAUUGAAUAGAUCGCAUCAGACAAUCACAAACUUAAAAAAAUAAGAGAAUAAGAAAAGGGCUAUUGGUGGAAAUUCGUUGAUAAACAAAAAAAGAUGGAGAUUUUUAAUACGAAAUUUAGAAAAAAAUGCACAAAUUUUUUUCAGUACGAUUACUAUGCGGCAGUGCCGUGGAUGGAAGCUGUCUCUGUGAUUGGCUUCACGGGUUUCGCAGAAACUUUCUACAUUGUCAUUCUGGGGUUGACGUUCUCUCCUGUUGACAGAAGUCGUUUCUAUAUCGCCAUGUACUGCCCUUACACUUUGAUAUUCAUCGACGCUGUUUUAUGCCUUCAUCGAGUUUUCAGCUUUUUCAAUGUCGCAAAAGGCUUUUGCAGAAAUUUCAAAUGGUAAGGUUCUGAUAAUCGUUUCACUGUUCAGGAAAAGUUCGGUCACGUUCACUUAUUCCAGGAAUCUGCGGGGUUAAAUAUUAUCUUCCUUGUGCCAGAAAAAAAGUGAAAAUUUCAGUCUGUAAAAACCUUAAUCGAGAUAAUGCAUGAAAGUUCAAAAAAAAAAACGGACAAUCCAAUAAGAAAAAAGUUUUUCAGGCCUUUAGCAGUUUCAAUAAUCUCAUCGUGGCCUGUUGCCGCUUAUAUGGCCGCGUACACUACUUCUUCAAUACUCACUUAUUCGGAUCCGCGAAAUCCGAUAGCUCUCAAUAUCGACCGUUUCGAAACCCCAUACAAUGUAGGUUUUAUGUUUGAAAUCGAAACGCUAGUCGCCCGCGAAAAAAUGUAGCAUUGUAAAUAGGGACUGCCACCAAUGAAAAAUGAAAGAAAAAAAUGAAAGAAAAAUGAAAAGGAACCUAUAGAUAGGGACCACAGACCUAUUUUUCGAACUCAAGCUAGCUCCUCGUUUUUGUUAUAAAAACAAUGAUUUUAACAUGUAGUAUGCGAAAACAGAAAAGAAAAACGAAAAAUAUUAAGAAUAAGAGGAGAAAACAAUAUUUAAAAGUAAUUGAAAAGCAAAAAUUUUUGCACUGAAAUUUUGGUUUUGCGAAUUCUCAUGCAAUCUGCGCGCACCCUCAUUUGCAAGGUCGGCACGGUUUCAGGAGCCAAAAGAGAAAGUUUUACGAGCUGUAAUCCCACUUUACCAUCAUUUUCGUCUCAGUGACUGCACAAAUACAGCCUACAGUGCUCUUUGAAUCCCAUAAAAAUGUAAUUUCGCCCACUUUUAUUCACCUUUUUUUGUUGAAAAAAUUUUUUUCGGCGAUCUUGAAUUUUUUUGAUUUUUAUUGCUUUAUCUGUUUGAAAAUUAAAAAAACUCUUAUAAAUGAGUAAGAAAAAAACGCGUGUCUUCGACCGGGAAAUGUUUCAAAAUUACUCCCCAAAAAAAUUCUCCACCUUUUUUUCACCUUUCAAAAACAGUACAUUUGCUUGUAGUUGUCAACAAGUAUUAUUUGAGCAAUGUUUUUUUCUCAAUAUGAAAAAAAGCAUAAAAUUCUUCCAAUACUGCAUUGCAAUUGAGAAAAAUUUUUUUGAUUUUGCGCGCCUCUCAGUUUUUUUCGGCGAACAUAGAAUUUUUUUAUUUUUUUGGCUUAAAAAAAUUGCAUUUACUGUUUAUAAAUAGUUUUCAAAAAAUCAACUUUGUCCGCGACCUAGAUGAAUAUCAAAACGCAAAAUUAAGUUUAUUUUUCCGAACUCGCCUCACUAUUCCGUACGACACUCCGUUGAAACACAUGGAAAGUACCUAAAAACCUUUUCAACGGAAAGAGGAACUUUUUCUACAUAUAUGCUUAAAUUUUUUCAUCAUUUUUUUCAUUGUUUCUAUCGGCUGUACGAAACAAUCAAAGACGGAAUACCAAAAAAAUGGCCUUUUUUUCCCUCGCGAAAAGGGGCGGGGCUUUUGCGGUCGCUACCUAUAGAUUGAGGCAGCGAGAUUCAAUAAAUAACCAGGAUUUUUAGAAUAUUCAACCGAAAAACGUGAAAAAAAAUAAAAAAAAACAUUUUUGAUACCUCUUUUUUUGGCUUGAAAGCUGUUAAGGCAGGGUUACAUGGGUAGAUCAAAAAAAUGCAACUUGCACGCGCGCCUCCGUCCCCUUGUUCUUUUUUUCGAUUUAAUUGAUUGUAAUUUUUAAUUUAUUUACUAAAUUUCCAUCAGGAAAGUAAAAUUGAUUCAAACGAAAAUAAACAGUUACAAAGUGUAUAAAUUUAAAAAAACAUCAAAGUUGUCCUUGAAAUAAUUUCGAAAAGCGUUGCGUCGCGCAAAUUUGUUUCUCCCGCAUGCACCGCUCGCAGAACUGCAUACGCUCUUCAUUUUUUUUAAAAAUUUUUUUCGAAAAUUUUGUAUUUUAUCCAAACGCAGCCAAACCUCAUUUUUCGAGUUUUGACUCCCAGACGAUAGAGAAUUUGCUCAUCUAUAUGUUUCACUUUGUCCAAUCGUUGUCAGUCAAUGUUGGAAACAGAACAGAAAUUUCAAAAAAAGGGCGUUUUGGAUGUCAUUUUCAUUGCUUUUUUAUGAACAGAAUAUAACUUCUUUAUACGAGUUGCUGACCAUUCAAACAUAUUUGACAGCAUAGAUCCUUCAUUCCCAAUUUUUUUGAAAAACUUCUAUGUUCAAUGUUGCCUUUUUUUGCAAGAAAAAAGAUCAUAUGGUUGUCACUGGAAAAGUCGCCUUUUCAAAAAAAAUUUUGCUUCGAUGAACUUUCUCUGCGUUUCCAAUAUGAAAUUCUGAAUCUACGUGUGAAAUAAGAUAUUGGCCAAACCUAUUUCACCCAAUUAGGACUACUAUUCGCGCAAUUAGAAUAGCAAAAAAACGAAGUACUGAGCAAAAAAAAGCGACCCCGUGAGCAAAAAGCGACCCCGUGAGCAAAAAAAAAGCGACCCCGUGAGCAAAAAAAAGCGACCAAGUGAGCAGACCUUGGCGAUCCCAAAUUAUAAAACAUAAGUUCAAGUGAACCAGAAGUGUGUCAUAAGAAUUUUGUAGUCUUCUGCUAAUUGAAUGAAUCAAACUUCAAGAUUCAGGUCGCCUUGACAGUUAAAACAAUAAUAACAGUGUCUACGCCGUGUGGCUAUCUUCUCAUUUUGUGGAGCAUCCACAAAAAAUUAUCCAUAUCUUCAACUUCCAACGCUCGGAGUCAUAAAUCGGUUGUUUUUCAAACUUUGCCAAUAUCAGUUUAUUCUCUCGUAAGUAUAAAAUGAAGCCUAAAUGUUUCAGUAAUGUUAUAUUGCAGAUUACUUCUUUCGACCGAUAUUUUAUAAUCAUACCUUUCAAAUACCAAUUAGGCAAUCAAGGCGCUAUUAUUUUUAUUAGCACGAUUCUAAUGUCAGGUCCAGGCACAAAAUCACGAUUUUUUGGUUACAAUAACUUUUUAGGUUAUGUUGUACCUUUAUCUAUUAUUAUUGGAAACACACAGAAGCGUGAAUAUUUCGUGAACUUGGUCACGAUGAAAUACGUUCGAGAGAAAGCUAAAAGACGAAAGCCGAUUUUUAUCGUAAACAGAAGAGUCCACACCAAGAGUUUCGUUAUAUUGAACUAGUUUAGCUUUGGCUUGUGUGAAUAGAAAAAAGUGUAGCACAGUUUUCGAACCAGCGAAACAAAUAAAUUCAGUUGAAAUGAGGGUCUUCAAACUAUUAAAAAAGUGUCAUGGUUAAUGGAGACAGUUUUACUCAGAAAUUGACUGAAGUUGCGUUAUUUUGUCAAUUCAUAUCAAUCAAUUUAUUCAGUCUUUUAGAGUAAGAUGAAGAAAAAUCUGUGCUUUUUUUGAAAGCAGAAAGCUAAAAAGAAGAAAAACCGAUUUUUUUAUCGUAAACAGAAGAGUCCACACCAAGAGUUUCGUUAUAUUGAACUAGUUUAGCUUUGGUUUGUGUCCAUUGAAAAAAGUGUAGCACAGUUUUCGAACCAGCGAAACGAAUAAAUUCAAUUGAAAUGAGGGUCUUCAAACUAUUAAAAAAGUGUCAUGGUUGAUGAAGACAGUUUUACUCAGAAAUUGACUGAAGUUGCGUUAUUUUGUACUGAAAGAUUUUUCUGAUCCUUAUAUCUUUGUAUCCAGAAAAUUCGAAGACCAUCAAAAUUUUUCAACUGUAAAUUCUUGAUAUAAGUAUAUUUUUUUUUUCAAACAUGCACUAAAUCUCUAAACCGGCAAGGCCAUAGAAAAAUGAAGGUAACAUGCAAACACGACAUUUUCUCUCAACUUAAUUUAUGUUGCAAAGAUGGAAGUAUUUUUUUUUUGCAAAUUUCUUUGCUUCUCAAGAGCCCCAUUGACUACAUCCAAAACAGGUAAUUACAAAAAAAAAAUAAUUUUCAAGCCAACUCAGCUCGUCAAAAGUAACAAAAAAAGUGUCAGCAGCAAUUAUUUAUUGCUUCCGCUUUCAUAUUACUCGUGACUGUGAACAAAGUAUUUUCUUGUUUUUAUUUUGAAAAGAAAAAUCAGCCUCUGUUCACUGAAAAAAAACUCUGGUUACACCUGUCCGAACUGCUCAAUCUUCUGAGUUUGAAAAACUUUGAAAAAAACGCAGACAAGAACUACAGAAGUCUUUAUUUAUUCGGUCAACGUAUCAUGAACAAUCUCACAAUACUGGACGCAAAAAGUUCAUUAUAUCCGUUCACGGCUGUUUUCAUGCCGGCUCAGUUCAUAUUUCUUGGCAUCCUUCACCUUGUUUUUAUAGGAAUUCUCAUAAAAUGCUAUCGUGAUGAUAACAAGGUGAAUCCUGAAUUCAAAAAAAAAAAAAACGGUUCUUUAUAUAUUUCAGUACGAUUACUAUGCAGCAGUACCAUGCAUGGAAACGUUAGUCUGAUGGGUUUUUUAGGCCUACAGUACCGCUCAAAAGUCUAUUAACUUUUGGUUUUUUGGGGAUAUCUCAGCGAGUACUUAUCCGAUUUAUAUAUAACUUUCAGGGAUAAUGUAAAAUAUACUUUGAAACAUAUACGGUAUACAAAGACAUGUCCGCAAUGACUGUGACGCGUUUUUAGGCAUUUUUUUAUUGAAUUCCAUUUUUUUGUUUUUUAUGCUUUUUAUUUUUUUAUUUAUUUUUAUUAAAUUUUUUUAAAAUUAAUAAUGUUGCCAUAUGAUUUUUUUCAUGUUUUUCAGACAUGGGAAGAAUCUCUGGAAAAAAGGAUUUGACUGAUAACGACAAAAGAGCCAUCGUUGUGGGUCGUCAAAAUGGACUGACCAUGAUGACGUUGGCAGGAAUGUUCGGCGUGACAGAGGCGGUCAUUUCUCAGUUCCUAAAGCGUCAGAAAGCUCAAGAUGGCUCUACUAACAGCCAACGCACUGGAAGACCACGUGUCACUGAUCGUAAUGACGAUAGGAACAUUUUGAAGACGUCUAGAACCAAUCCAAGACUCACCGCCCCUGCGAUCAGACGGGAAGUUUUCUUGAAUUCGCCAUCUCCGCCAUCCGUCUCGACCGUGAAACGACGUCUGAAUGCUGCUGGAAUCAUGGGAAGACGUCCAGUGAAGAAACCGCUGAUUUCUGAAAAAGAAUCGAGUCGCCAGGGUGAAGUGGGCGAAGGAGCAUCUCAACUGGACCCGUCAAGACUGGAACAAGAUUCUGUCGUCCGACGAAAUCAAGUUCCUCCUCUUCGGAAGUGA